CUUUUUCUCUCACCGCCACGGAGGAGGAGGAGAAAGAAGAGCUCGGUCUCAGUAUGUUUGCGCCCAUCUAAGCUUUCCUUGGUGUUAGCGUCCGAAGAGAGAGAGAGAGAGAGAGGCAUAUGGCACUGGAAGCUGUGGCGCUCCCACAGGACCUCUUCGGUUGCGCCAUGAACGAGUUGUACAACAUGGGAGGAGCAGCGUGGUGCUACGCCUUUGGUGAUGAGGGGGAGGAGAAGGGUGUGGCGUUAGAUUGUAAGAUAAGUGGUGGUGGAGGAGGUGGCGUGCAUGGGAAUUUGGACGUCUCUUCGGGUGCAAGCUCGUCGCUGCUGGAGACAGCUGCCAAGGACGGCGCCUUGGUCAUCGGCCGAGAGGCAACGGCAGGGGGGAGGAAGAGGCGGCGCACCAAGGUUUUCAAGAACCAGGAGGAGGUGGAGAACCAAAGGAUGACCCACAUCGCCGUGGAGCGGAACCGGCGGAAGCAGAUGAACGAGUACCUGGCUGUGCUCCAAUCACUCAUGCCGGCCUCCUACGUUCAAAGGGGUGAUCAAGCAUCGAUCAUCGGAGGGGCGAUAAACUUCGUCAAAGAGCUCGAACAACUGGUCCAAUCCCUCGAGGCUCGAAAGCGAGUCGAGAAACGCAUGGACGCGGCUCCGUUCGCCGACUUCUUCACCUUCCCCCAGUAUUCGACCACCGGUUCGCGCAGCGCAAACAAUGACUGCGCGGACGAGGGGGCGACGGAGAACCGGCCGGCUGUGGCUGACAUAGAGGUGACCAUGGUGGAGAGCCACGCCAACCUCAAGGUCCUCUCCAGGCGGCGGCCGAAGCAGCUGCUGAAGAUGGUGCUGGGGCUGCAGAACCUCCGGCUGACCACCCUCCACCUCAACGUGACCUCCAUUGCCGAGAUGGCCUUCUACUCUUUCAGCCUGAAGGUAUGGCAGCCAUGCAAACGCUCCUCUUCUGUCUUCCUUGGUUGUAACCGACAAUGUCGACCUGUUCUUUUUCUUCAUCCGAUUGGCGUAGGUGGAAGACGAUUGCCAACUGACAUCGGUGGAUGAAAUUGCAACUGCGGUCCAUCAGAUGGUUGGGACGAUUCAGGAGGAUGCUGAUCGCGACAGCAAUCUGUGAUUGUAAUCUAACCACAAUAAGUAGAUCCAGCAAUCCACUACUGUUCUUAUAUGCAGCUUUGAGAUCUUGUUGUAGUGUCUCAAUCCUUGAAGAGUAUUCAAGCAUAGCUUUAAUA